AUGUUUCACACUAAUUUUAUAUCCAUUUCUCACUCAUACUACAAUAAUACUUCUCUGGUCCUAAACAAAUAUGUUUAUGAUCAUAAUAAUAGAGUUUGGAUCUCUUUGUAUUUACUUUCUAGUGAGAGGUUUGAGAAUAGAUUCAAAUUAGACUAUCCAAAUCCAUUUAAAAAUGAGGUACCUCAAUUUCAUAUUUUGAACUCUAGUAGUAUUACUGGAAUUCUUUGUCUUUACUUAUCCAAUGAAAUUUUACUAUGGAACCCAACUACGGAUGAAUUUAAAGUCAUUCCUCAUAGCUCUGUGGUUGAUGUUGUACCACCCUAUCUUCCAAUGGAUGAACAUUUUAUGCUUCCUCCCGGUGUAAAAUGGAAGAUAUCGCAUGGUCAAGAAGAGAUUCCUCCUGCUCAUGAAUGGAUAAAAGCGAAUUUUGAUGGUGUGGCUAUCAGGAUUCCGACUCAGUGUGUUUAUGGGGCGAUGUUUCAUAAUUCUAAUGGCGACCAUAUGGGGUCUUUCUCUUUCUUUAUUGGUGCCGAUAAUUCUCUUCUUGCGAAGUUCAUGGGGGCGAUUAUGGUGAUGGAGGUUGCUCUUGACAAGAAUUGGGACAACCUUUAG